CAAAAUGAGGAUCGCUUUACCACCGUUGAACUGCCCGCCAGCGCCAAAAUGCCAAACAGCAGCAGCGCCCCGGCCACAGCAGCUGCAACAAGCACCACACCCGCUAGCGGCGGCAGCAGCGCACACAGCAAAGCCAUCAGCAUUAGCAUUGGUGGUGAUGGGCCCGAUGGUCCACCAGGUGGCGGGCGUGAUCCCAUCGAUGCAAUCAACUAUCCACCAAAUACGCCCACCACACCUGCUUCGAAGGUAGCCAUUGGCGGUGGCGAUUCGGGUGCUGCACUCAUUGCACUCGACACAGGUGAGCCCAGCGAGCCGGAGCGUGGCAAUUGGACGGGACGCUUUGAUUUUCUACUCUCACUGCUCGGCUACUCGGUGGGACUGGGCAAUGUGUGGCGCUUUCCCUAUCUGUGCUACAACAAUGGCGGCGGCGCCUUCCUCAUACCCUUUACAAUAAUGUUAAUUAUCGCCGGCUUGCCGCUCAUGUUCAUGGAACUUUCGUUCGGUCAGUAUGCCGCUUUGGGUCCAAUAGCAAUCUAUCGUCGCUUUUGUCCACUAUUUCGUGGUCUCGGCGCUGGCAUGGUUAUCGUCUCGGCCAUUGUAAUGCUCUACUAUAAUUUGAUUAUUGCCUGGACAAUAUUCUAUAUGUGCGCUUCGUUUCGUCGUGUGCUGCCAUGGCAGAAUUGUGAAGCUGCUUGGAGCACUGAAA